GCCCUCAAAGUGACACAGGGGUAAAAUAUACGAAGCCCAGUAUACCCAUCAUGACUACCUGUCUCAUAAGAGUACACCAGGCACAUGCAUCACAAUCAUAUAUGCGCGACAUGGUGGUCCUAUAUCAAGGGAAACAGUGCAUGAUCUUGCAGACGGGACCCAGUUAGAAUUUUCUUCUAGUUGAGUGACCGUACUGCUCAAAUGGUCCUUGAAUAAGGGUUGUUUAAGGAUGUUGCACGAAACCCUAUGCUUCGAGAGGUGAACUAUUCAAACCCCAAAGAACUCCUCUCAACACAUGGCUAUGAUGCUCCCCCACUAAUUCUGCUCAAGAUCAGAGAUGCACAUAUCGUCAGUCGUUAUUAUUAUUAUUAUUAUUAUUAUUAUUAUUAUUAUUAUUAUUAUUAUUGAGUGAGAGAGCAGUGAAUGAUAUCAAAGUGAGACUGGGGUGAAAUAUACGAAGUCGAAUAUACCCAUCAUGACUACCCAUCUGAUAAGGGUACACCAGGCACAUGCAUCGCAACCAUAUGUGCAGGACACGGUGAUCUCAUACCAUUAUUAACAACACAUGACCUGGAAGGUGGGGCUCUGUUAAAAUUUUCUGUUAGUCGAGUAGCCCUUCCCAUUCAAGAGGUUCCUGAAUAAGGUUUGUUUAAGAAUGUUGAUUGAAACACUCAUGUUUCUAGAGGUGAACUAUUCAAACCCCAAGGAAUUCCUCUCAACACAUGGCUAUGAUGCUCCCCCACUAAUUCUGCUCGAGAUCAGUGAUGCAUAUAUCAUCAUCCACCAAGGGACAUACUCAACUUGUUAUGGUCAAGCAAAUCUGUGGUAUUGAGCAGAAUACUUGCGGUAGCCUAUCUCUUAUACCAAGGCAAAAUGUGUAGUGGUUCUUACAUGCAUGAAGUGGAUUCGAUCUACCAUAGCCAAAUUUAAAUUAACACUGCAACAGAAAUUUUCCCACGGUGGAACAAUGGUUUUUCUCAGACAGCAGUUUUACAUUUUCCAGAUGCCUUUAGUUAGGCCGAAAUAAUGUCUUCACCACUUGACACUUUCUGACCUCUUCUACAUCACCAAAAUCUAGAAUAGAGAUAAUAAGACCACCAACUAAAUCUAUUGUUCUCAAUGAUAUGUCUAUCCUUUUGGAUAGUUAUAAAAACAAGAAACUCCAAGCAAGAAGUCAGUUUAGUCACCAGUCGUUAACAACUUAACGAGUCACACGGUGACGACUCAAUGAGAACGAAGUCUGGCUGACCAGCUAGAACCUUGGCCAGAGGAAGAAAUGAAGUUUACUGUUAGCAACUGUGAGACAACACCCAACAAUUCUCACUAGCUCUAAUUCUGUUCUCUUACAACAUCAUUCUAUCGCUAUCUGUGGAUUACUACUAACAUAUUCGUAUACGCCAAACUAUACAAAGAAACAUUCUACCACAAACUUUACUUCGCAUGCCUUUGGAUUUAUCAUAACCUGCCCGUCGAGGCAAGGGAUUGUAAUAUAACGAACAUCAGAUGACAUUGACUUAACAGAAGAAACAUCCUCAAUAUCUACCAUGUUUUAACGACUAAAGAAAAAUAUUUUGCGAAACAGAUGUAUCGGAUUGUUUCUACAAAUCUAUGGUUGAAUUCCUGUGUCACAUUUGCUCUGAAAUAAUAUUUUUAGCCAAAUUUGUGAACCUCCCUGGCUGGUGUUUACAAGAAGAGGAGCCUGUGUGCUCAUUGAAGUUGGAUAAAUAUCAGAAAGUGUUGCUAAACAAAAGUAACACUGGACGGAAAUACAACAGCUGAAGAAAGGAAGAAGAAUAUAUAAACUGGGCUUUGACAGGAAAAAUAAUGGAAAAUAGUGAGAAAAUUGUUGAAUUGAUUUUCUCUGAACACAUGAUAAAAAAGAUGAGAGCAUAUGACUGUGAUGUAUGUACAGAGUCCUUCUUUGAAGAAAGUAACCUACUUGCACACAAACGUACUCAUACAGGAGAGAAACCAUGUCUCUGUAAUACCUGUGGUAAAUCAUUCUCUGAAAGUAGUCAAUUAACUAAACACAUACGUAUUCAUACAGGAGAGAAACCAUAUGAUUGUGAUAUUUGUGGCAAAUCAUUCUAUCGAAGUAGUAACGUUACCAGGCACAAACGUAUUCAUACAGGAGAGAAACCAUAUCAUUGUGAUAUUUGUGGCAAAUCAUUCUCUCAAAGUUGUACAUUAGCUAAACACAAUCGUACUCAUACAGGAGAGAAACCAUAUGAUUGUGAUAUCUGUGGUAAAUCGUUCUAUAGAAGAAGUGACGUUACUAGGCACAAACGUAUUCAUACAGGAGAGAAACCAUUUAAUUGUGAUAUUUGUGGUAAAUCAUUCUCUCAAAUACAUCACUUAACUGAACACAAACGUAUUCAUACAGCAGAGAAGUCAUAUGAUUGUGAUAUCUGUGGUAAAUCAUUCUAUCAUAGUAGUCGCGUUACUACGCACAAACGUACUCAUACAGGAGAGAAACCAUAUCACUGUGAUAUUUGUGGUAAAUCGUUCUCUGAAAAUACAUACUUAGUAAAACACAAUCGUAUUCAUACAGGAGAGAAACCAUAUCACUGUGAUAUUUGUGGUAAAUCAUUCUCUCAAAGUGUUCACUUAACUGGGCACAAACGUAUUCAUACAGGAGAGAAGCCAUAUCAUUGUGAUAUUUGUGGUAAAUCAUUCUCUCUUAAUGAUGUCUUAACUAAACACAAACGUAUUCAUACAGGAGAGAAACCAUAUCACUGUGAUAUUUGUGGUAAAUCGUUUUCUGAAAGUAGUACAUUAUCUAGACACAAAUUUAUUCACACAGGAGAGAAACCAUUUCAUUGUGAUAUCUGUGGUAAAUUAUUCUCUCAAAAUAGUAACUUAAUGAAACACAAAUAUAUUCAUACAGGAGAGAAACCAUAUCAUUGUGAUAUCUGUGGUAAAUCAUUCUCUAAUAAUAGUUACUUAACUACACAUGAACGCAUUCAUACGGGAGAGAAACCAUAUCACUGUGAUAUUUGUGGAAAAUCAUUCUCUGAAAAUGGUACAUUAACUAGACACAAAUCUAUUCAUGCAGGAGAGAAACCAUAUCACUGUGAUAUCUGUGGUAAAUCUUUUUCUCAUAAUAGUUACUUAACUACACAUGUACGCAUUCAUACGGGAGAGAAACCAUAUCACUGUGAUAUUUGUGGUAAAUCAUUCUCUGAAAAUUGUACAUUAACUAGACACAAAUCUAUUCAUACAGCCGAGAAACCGUAUCGCUGUGAUAUCUGUGGUAAAUCAUUCUCUCAAAAGAAUAGCUUAACGAAACAUAAACAUGUUCAUACAGGAGAAAAACCAUAUCAUUGUGAUAUUUGUGGUAAAUCAUUCUCUCAAAGUAAUCCCUUAUCAAGACACAAACGUAUUCAUACAGCAGAGAAACCAUAUCAUUGUGAUAUCUGUGGUAAAUCCUUCUCUGAAAGUAGUACAUUAACUAGACACAUAUCUGUUCAUACGGCAGAGAAACCACAUCAUUGUGAUAUCUGUGGUAAAUCAUUCUAUCGAAGUAGUCACGUUACCAGGCACAAACGUAUUCAUACAGGAGAGAAACCAUAUCAUUGUGAUAUCUGUGGUAAAUCAUUCUCUCAAAGUGUUCAAUUAACUGGACACAAACGUAUUCAUACAGGGGAGAAACCUUAUCACUGUGAUAUCUGUGGUAAAUCAUUCUCUCAAAAUUGUGACUUAACAAAACAUAAAUAUAUUCAUUCAGGGAAAAAAGGAAAAAGGUAGUUUCUGAUUUGUUUUUAAUAUUCUUGUGUUUUAUGCAAUGAAAUUAAAGUAUUUCCAUAAAUUUA